AAAUGCUGUUGCUUGAGUGCAGCCCAGAGGUGGGUAGUCUGAAGCAUUUGCUGGAGACGGGGACCUCGGUCAACGCACCCCCAGAUCCCUGCGAACAGUCGCCUGUCCACUUAGCUGCAGGUGGCGGCCUUGCCUGCUUUCUUCUCUGGCAGCUGCAAACAGGCGCUGACCUCAACCAGCAGGAUGUUUUGGGAGAAACUCCUCUACACAAGGCAGCAAAAGUUGGAAGCCUGGAAUGCCUUAGCCUGCUUGUAGCCAGUGAUGUCCAAAUAGAUUUAUGUAAUAAGAAUGGACAAACAGCCGAAGAUCUUGCUUGGUCUUGUGGAUUUCCGGAAUGCGCCAAGUUUCUUACAAGAAUUAAAUGUAUGCAGACAGUCAGAUCAAGUGAACGCUGCGAGAGGGACCAUGGGGUUCCAGUGCUCAGACAGAAACGAAGUUUUGGAAGUGCAGAGAGUGCAAAUGGGAAAAGGAGGUGCUGAUGUCAUGGUGGUUAUGAAGAGGUCUGAAGAAGUUCUUCAUUUCAGGCUGAUGUGUAAACUGUGGCUUCUGACUUACCAUGUGUGUCUACGCUCCUUCUAAGAAGGAGGAAAAUCUUCUUCCAAGUGAAGAUAACAUUUAAGAAUACAUGUAUUUACAUGCUUAUACUACUUUGGUUGUACAUGUUUUGUCUUCUAAGUUAUUAAAAGAAUGCUUAAAGAAUGAA